AUGCGGUAUAUAUGCAUACCAUUUAAUCGACUUUCAAGAAAGGUCCCUUGGCCCAGUUGGUUAAGGCGUGGUGCUAAUAACGCCAAGAUCAGCAGUUCGAUCCUGCUAGGGACCAUUUCUCUUCUUAAAUCACACAGGGCGUGUGGCGUAGUUGGUAGCGCGCUCCCUUAG